GCGGCGGGCGGGCCGAAAAGCGCGCAGUCACUGCGGCGGGGAGGGGGAGCGGCCUUUGCAGGCAGUUGGAAAGCCCGCCAAAUGCUCUUUCCGUCGGCGAGCACUCGAGGGGGAGGGAGAUGAGACGCGCCCUGCCUAGGCCCCGCCUUCUCCCCGUGCCAAUACCCGAGCUCCACGCACCUUUCUGCCCAGCCCUCAGCCCCGCCCCUGUCGGAGCGGUACUCCGGCUAUUCUUUGCCUGUCUGGCCCCGGCCUCCUCCGAUUCCGCCCGCCGGCUCCGGACCCCCUCCCCUCCCGAAGCUUGCGACUUGGGCGCCCCAGUUUCACUUUUCCCGCACCCCUUAUGCUCCCUUUUUCCAGGGGCGCGAGGGCUGCGCAUGCGUGCCCUGAGCAGCCAGAGAUUAAACUACAUUUCCCGGCAGGCUUUACGCACCGCGGUCAGCUGACUGGUCUCGUGAUUUGCGUGGGGUUCGCCUGGAGGAGAGGUGACAGUCCUGGGCCGCCGCUGACCUUCCGCAGAGCCGAGCCAAAAUGUCCCCGGAAUCCAAAAAGCUUUUCAACAUCGUCGUUUUAGGACUUGCUUUUAUGUUUAUGUUCACCGCCUUUCAGACUUGUGGAAAUGUGGCGCAAACUGUCAUCAGGAGCUUAAAUAGCACAGACUUCCAUGGCAGUGGAUAUACCAGCAUGGCGAUUAUUUACGGCGUGUUCUCUGCUUCGAACUUGAUCACUCCGUCAGUGGUUGCCAUUGUGGGGCCUCAAAUCUCUAUGUUUGUCAGUGGCUUAUUUUACAGCAUGUACAUUGCCGUUUUUAUCCAGCCUUUCCCAUGGUCCUUCUACACAGCAUCUGUUUUCAUCGGGAUGGCAGCUGCAGUACUUUGGACAGCACAAGGAAAUUGCCUGACAAUAAAUUCAGAUGAGCACACGAUUGGGAGAAACAGCGGAAUUUUCUGGGCACUCUUACAGUCCAGCUUGUUCUUUGGAAAUCUCUACAUAUAUUUUGCCUGGCAAGGGAAAACUCAAAUAUCAGAGAGUGACCGGAGAACAGUGUUUAUUGCCCUGACAGUGAUUAGCCUUGUGGGGACAGUUCUGUUCUUUCUCAUUCGGAAACCUGAUCCUGAAAAUGUCCUUGGAGAAGAUGAGUCUUGCGAUGACCAGGACAUGGAAGUCACAGAGUCUGCCCAGAACAAUAUGACAAAGGCAGUGGAUGCAUUUAGAAAGUCUCUAAAGUUAUUUGCCACCAAGGAGAUGCUCCUUCUGAGCAUUACAACGGCCUAUACAGGUCUGGAGUUGACUUUCUUUUCUGGGGUCUAUGGAACCUGUAUUGGUGCUAUAAACAAAUUUGGAACACAAGAGAAAAGUCUCAUUGGACUUUCUGGAAUUUUCAUCGGCAUUGGAGAAAUUUUAGGUGGAAGCCUCUUUGGCCUGCUGAGCAAGAAUAAUCGCUUUGGCAGAAAUCCAGUCGUGCUGCUGGGUAUCCUGGUGCACUUAGUAGCUUUUUACUUGAUCUUUCUCAACAUGCCUGGAGAUGCGCCGAUUGCCCCUGUGGAAGGAACUGACAGCAGUUCGUACAUCAGGCCCAGCAAAGAAGUUGCCAUUCUCUGCAGUUUUCUGUUGGGUCUGGGCGACAGCUGCUUCAACACCCAGCUACUUAGUAUUUUGGGCUUUCUCUACUCAGAAGACAGUGCGCCAGCCUUCGCUGUCUUCAAGUUUGUCCAGUCGAUCUGCGCAGCCCUGGCUUUUUUCUACAGCAACUACCUCCUCCUGCACUGGCAACUUCUGGUCAUGGUGAUAUUUGGGUUUUUUGGAACGAUUUCAUUCUUCACUGUGGAAUGGGAUGCUGCUGCCAUUGUGGCCCGAGGUUCUGACUACCAAAGUAUUUGAUGAGGUGCUGGUGAGGGGAGGUGCGUGUCUUCAGAAAACAUGCUGGUCACGGAACUGGAAGGAAUCCUCCUCUCCUCACAGCACUUUGGACGAUGCAGAGUCAGAAAAUGAGACCUAAGACUGCUAAAUCAGCCCGUGUUGCUGUUGAAGUUCACAGAUGCUAGCUCUGGAAGAAGUGGAGGAGGGAGCCUGUUCUGUCGGCUGUGGCUCCACAGGCUCACGUUCAUUCAUCUGAAGCUCUCACAGUCCUGUGUGACAAAUGUUUCCUUGUCCCUCUCCACCCUCGUUCUCAUUGGAAGAUGCUGCCUGGACCAUAUGUCCUACAACGGUUCUGCUUAUGGAGAAUGGUUUGCUGUUUAGGGACAGGAGGCAGAUGCCAAUCCAUGUGUGACUCCGGGAGUGGUGAGAUGCAGUCUGUUUUGAAAUGGUCUCGUUGUGUAGACCAGGCUGGCCCUGGACUUGCAGCAGUCCUGCUUCAACCUGGAGUGCUGGGGUUACAGUGAGCGCCAUCACACCCACUUGAACGCAGCCGUCUUUUUCUUUCUUUUUUUUUAAAGUUAGGAUCUUUAUAUAGCCUGGCUGGCCUAGACCUGGCUUUGUGCUCCCAGCAGUCCACCCACCUCUGCUUCCAGAAUGCUGGGGUCACAGCAGUGUGCCACUAUGCCCAGCUUAGAAUGUGGUUUUAACAUUGAAAAGAGUUUUCCUUAAAUGUUUUGUUAAGUAAGAUUUCUUACCUUGUAGUUCAUAGCAAGGAGUGGCCGAUUAAGUAUUAUAGAAUGAAGUAAAAUUGUAUAACAUUUGUAAAUUAACAAAAACUUAUUUAGAGAAGUAAAACAAUAUUUACUGGAGCAGGACUUUUGCUAUCAGUUUUCCUGAAAAGUAUAAAAGAAAAUAAAAAUUUUAAAUCCUAA